AUGUCUCUGCCAAACCAAAAACUGAUGACGGACGACGAUCAAGAGAAGCCUUUAUCUCCGGCGCCUGAGAUCCGUCAUCUGCCUACCACCACCGUAGACGAAGCCUCAUCCACCACAUCAAAUAAGCAAAGCCAAGGCUUCCGCAAAUGCACCAUCUACUGCGGUAUCAUCACCGCCGUCGUACUCAUCAUCGCGGUGGUGCUGUUAGUCCUAGGCCUCACAGUCCUCCAUGUCAAAAACCCACAAAUCACCAUGAACUCAGCAACGAUCAUCGGAUUUGACCGAGUCAACUCAACAGAUCUACUCACUGGUAAAGCCAAUCUGACAGUGGUGGCAGACGUCUCCGUGAAGAACAAUAAUGUGGCGGCAUUCAAGUUUAAAAGGUCAAAUUCGAGUCUUUUGUACCAUCAGACGGUGAUCGGAGUGGCGGACGUUCCCGGAGGGGUGGCUAAGGCAAGGCGGACGAUGAGAUUGAACUUGACGUUUGAAGUGGCGGUGGCGGAAAUCACCGGAAACCAACAGUUUGGGAUUGAUUUAUCGACGGGGAUACUGCCGGUGGAAAGUUAUACAAAGAUUAAGGGAAGGGUUAAGAUACUGAACAUCAUUAAGAAAAAAGCAACGGUAACAAUGAACUGUUCCUUUGCUGUUAACAUAACGAGUCGGGGGAUUGUCGGUCAAAAUUGCAAAAGGCAUGUUUCUUUUUAG